CUUUCACCCAAUCGCUCCUCUCUUUGGUGCUGCCCAACUUGCACUCUCGUGAUCGUGCCAUGUCAAACCAGUGAAAAGACUGCCAAAAACACGAAAACUACCGCCCAUUGCACGCUUCUCGCCAACGUCAACACAACAUGGCGUCAACAUCCACCGAGACAACUCCCCUGAUCUCGUCGUUGUCGGGCACAGGCAAAUCGUUGCCUGUGAAACCCCAGCGCACCGUCACGUUCAACACGACUGUUUCUUCCACCAGCCCAAAUGCAGCGCCAAGAUCGGUGUCGCACGGCGGCGCAUCCUCUUCGAGCUAUGUUCCCACCAGCCACGGCGGACAGCCAAUGCUCUCCACAUUGAACAGCAAGCUGCGACGGAGAAAUAGCUCGGGCGCGCCUUCGAGACUGCCCCCGGUACCGAAAAUUGGCCCGCAAAGGACAACGCGAACCGCGCAGAAGUUGAAACUUCUCCCCGACCCUUCGAAUGAAGAGGACGAAGAGAGUGGACGCGAUGUAUACGUGCAGUACACGAGGAUCAAGGACCCGACGGCGAGGAGAGAUGCGGCGCGACUGGGCAAGGCGGAUAGGGAGCGGUUACCGCGAGUGACGGCCUACUGCACAGCGGCCUCAUACAAGCUGGACGACCUGAUGCGGUUCCUCAAAGGCAAGCAGAAGUCGAGGGGCGCUCUACCCAAGCGCUUCGACGAGUGCAUCUACUCGCCCUACAGCUACGGCACGAAGGGACCAGAAGACGUCGUAAGCACUGCUGUACUCGACGGCAUCCCAGAAGAACGGCAGAGGAGAUAUUCAGACAGCGCCAUCGAAGUCGAAGCCCAGAGCGAGAGACGGAGAGACGACCUCAUCGGCCUCCACGAAGACGGCGACGCGCCAGACCUAGGAGAAGCAGAAGGAUCCGACAGCCCGCGCCGCCCCUCCCUCAACCACGCCGACUCGGACCCACAAAUAGACACACCCGACUUCGACACGCAAGUCCACACACCGGAGGUCUUCCUCUUCGAAUACGGCACCGUAGUCCUCUGGGGCAUGACCCUCCAAGAAGAAAAGCGCUUCCUAAAAGAACUCUCGAAAUUCGAAGUCGACAAACUCGGCAAAGACGCCGUCGAAACAGAAGAAUUCAACUUCUACUACACACGCGAGUACCAGGCCAGAAUCUACAACGACUUCAUCUCCCUGCGCGACAAGAAAAACUACAUGAUCAAACUUGCCAUCUCGCAUGGCUUGUCACAGAGCGUGAAAACUUCCCUCUUCGAAGACCUCGUCGAUAAUACAAUUGAUCAUACGAAGGAUAUCCCUGCGCAAAUUGCGAGCUCGGGAAAGAUUAAUCUCAAUAAGAAGGAAAUCAAUAUGCAGAUCGGCGAGCUGUUUAUCCUGCGCAUUAGCAUCCAUCUGCAGGGCUCGGUGCUGGAUGCCCCCGAGCUCAUGUGGGCGGAGCCGCAGCUCGAUCCUGUCUACCAGGCUGUUCGCAGCUACCUUGAGAUGGAUCAAAGGGUGGGUCUGCUGACGGAGAGGCUGAAUGUUAUUGGCGAUUUGCUCGCUGUGCUGAAGGAUCAGUUGACGGUUACGCAUGGCGAGCUUCUUGAGUGGAUCGUCAUCAUCCUUAUUUUCGCUGAGGUCGUGGUGGCGGCUAUCAAUAUCUUUGUCGAUUUGCAUGCUGCGGAUUGAGCUGUUUGGAGGGUUUUUGCUAAGGGCGUUGCGGGUGCGAUGCGGGUUUAGAGGCGUGGUGUAUAUAGGUUACUGUUUUACUUUUUUUUGCCUCGUCUUGUCGCCCUUUUGUAUUAUACGCGGUUCGCUGAGUUUUGUUCGUGUGUGGGGGGAGUGUUAAGCUGCGUGUUUAUGUGUGUUUUUAUAUACACAUGAACAUAUCGAUAGACAGUUUAGACACGCUUCUGGCAAUCAAGUAAUAGCAAUCGC